AUGGAGUUGGGAAAAGGAAGACUUCUCAGGACUGGGCUGAAUGCAUUGUAUCAGGCAGUACACCCUGUUCAUGGCCUUGUCUGGACUAAUGGGAACCAGGUAGUCCUGACUGAUUUACAGCUUCACAGUGGAGAGGCCAGGUUUGGGGACUCAGAGGUCAUUGGACAGUUUGAACAUGUGUAUGGAGUGUCUUGGGCCCCACCUGGCACAGCUGACAUGCCUGCUCUGCUCGCUGUGCAGCACAAGAAGCGUGUCAUUGUGUGGCAGCUAUGUCCCAGCAGUACGGGGACGAACAAACGGCUGAUGUCUCAGACCUGUGAGAUUAGAGAAUCACUCCCUGUCCUUCCCCAGGGCUGUGUGUGGCAUCCAGAAAGUGCUGUCCUGGCUGUGUUGACUGCGCAGCGUGUCUCCGUUUUCCACAGUGUUCACUGCGACAGUUCCCGGGUGAACGCGGACAUUGACACCCAGGGCCUCAUUCACUGUGCGUCUUGGACCCAGGAUGGCCAGAGGCUGGUGGUGGCAGUUGGCAGCAGCCUGCAUUCCUACAUUUGGGACAGUGCUCAGAAGACUCUUCGCAGGUGCUCCUUCCACCCAGUGUUUGAUGUGGACAGCUCUGUGCGCUCCAUCAGAGCCACCAUGGACUCACAGGUCGCUGUAGCCACUGAGCUCCCACUAGAUAAGAUCUGUGGCUUAAAUGCAUCUGAAAUCUUUGAUGUUCCACCUAGCGGUGAAGACCCUUGUCUGUGUCCUUUCCCGGUUAUUGAUGAAGUACCCACCGGGGGUAAGGGGGCAGUUGCUUCUAAAACAAGUGUUGAAACAUCAGUUUCUCCCCUUUCUUCCUUUUCAGAUCCUCUGGAUCUAACUCAUUUGCAUUUCAAUACGUCAAAGUCUGAGGGUAGUUCUCUUCUUUGUCUAAGAAAAAAAGACUACUUGACAGGAACUGGCAUGGAUUCUUCACAUCUGGUCCUUGUGACCUUUGAGAAGGAGGUUACGCAGACCAGAAAAGUCACCAUUCCAGGCAUUCUGGUUCCUGAUCUAAUAACAUUUGAUCUUAAAGCUCAGGUGGUAGCAGUGGCUUCUAAUACUUCCAAUAUAAUUUUUAUCUAUUCUGUCAUCCGAUCGUUUAUACCAAACAUCCAGCAGAUUCAACUUGAGAAAAGUGAAAGACCAAAAGGUAUGUGUUUCUUGACAGAGAAGUUAUUAUUAAUUUUGGUUGGAAGACAAAAAUCCACUGAUUCAGCAUUUCUUCCCUCUUCAAAGACUGAUCAGUAUAUCAUUCGUUUGAUUGUUAGAGAAGUAACAUUGGAAAAAGAAUUGCCAGUAACAUCGAGUGAAAACCAGAGUGGAUACUCUACUUUCAGUACUCCAUUAAGUAAAAUAGACAGAAAAAAGCUACUUGAAAGUCUUUCCCCAGAUUUGUGUCACCAAAACAGAGGGCUCUUCACAUCUGACAGCCGUAGUCAAUGCGAAAGGCCUGGAAGAACCCUUAUUGAAGAAAUCAGGAGCCCUCCAAGCAGUAUCUGUGAUGGCUCCAUAGCUCUCAGAACUCUAGAUGCUGAGCCCGUUAACCGCUCAGUAACACCACCCAGGUCCAGCAGCACACCAGACCACACCAGCACUCCGGAACCUCCUAAUUUGCCUCAAAGCAAGAACUCACAGAAGGAAAAGGAAACUUAUCGACUGUCUAAGGAAAUGGAAAUUUUGUCUAGGACCCUGACUGAAGUGCAGCGAUGUCUCUCUGAACUCACAGACGCUCUGCAUAAUGGGAAGAAGUCCUCUCCUGUGUAUCCACUGUCUCGGGAUCUGCCUUACGUGCACAUCACUUACCAGAAAUUUCAUUAUGUAGGUCCUGUUGUUGAAAAAAGAGCUGUGCUUCUCUGCAAUGGCAAACUAAGGCUCAGUACAGUUCAGCAGACUUUUGGCCUCUCUCUUAUUGAAAUGCUCCAUGACUCACACUGGAUCCUUCUCUGUGCUGAUAGCGAAGGCUUCAUCCCGUUAACUUUCACAACCACUCAGGAAAUAACCAUAAGAGAUGGCAGCUCAAAUGUCUUCAGAGACUCUGCCUCAGAGUCUUAA